AUGGCAAACAUGGACGACUACAGCCGUGCCAAAAACCAAGCAAAAGAGAGCGGUGAAACAACGGAGGCUGCGCUUGGAGUUAAUAAUAAUAGUGAGAACGACGAUGACGACCUCACGGGAACGCGCGAUGAUGUCGACGCAGCACUUAAUCGCGCGAAUUCCGCGUGCGAGCCCGCUCGAACUCCAGCUGCCGCCGAAACCGACAGUUUAUACCAUCUCUUCGACGGCGAUGGCAGUGAUAUUGACGAAUCGACUUCGGAGCUCACGUCGAAUUUGCCGGUUUUCCCGAAUGUUGCGUCAGCCAUUUCCAGUAGUAGGUUCCACGGCCUAUUGGGCACAGUCGCUCAAACCACAGCAAGUGUAGCCGUGGAAUCGCGUCGCCACAUUUCAGCAGUGUUUGACAUCUCGCUUGGAGAACUACAGCGAUUCGUUAACGAUACUUUGAAUGACGAGACAGAGCCACAUCGCUCGGAACCAUUUGGAAACGUGCGACCCACCGAAGUCAUUGCCCUGCUUGAAAAUGAACUCGAGAACGUCUGUGAAUGGUCUCCGUUGCCGCCACAACCACCUCCUAACAACGUUUCCCCAUCGCCACCUCUGCGAUCAAGCUGGCACCGCGGCGACGCAGUCCUGAAGACGGCACUGACGGGCAAGCCCGCGACGUUGAUUGGGGGACGAACGCUCGCGAGUUUCCUAAUGCGCCUUCAACACGCCAUCAAUGAGAAGCGUUUUACUUCGUUAGAUCUCCUCGUCAUCGAUGAAGUCUCUAUGAUGACCAAGGUCGAGUGA